AUGACACGUGACUAAUGUCACUGCUUUGAUUGGGUGAGAGGACGCUUAUGUAGAAGUAGGGCAAAGGUAGUACACGGGUAGUGCAGAGAGUCCUUUGGUGCAAUAACAAUGCUGCUGAACAAGGUCCUCAGAGCUGGUGUGCGGUGUGGGAUCCGUCUGCAGAGCUCUUCUACAGCUACAGCCAGUGCCACAGCAUCUUCCAGCAGCCCUGCUCCAUCCCUUGGCUUCUCAUUUCAGUUGACCGAUCAGCAGAAGGAGUUCCAGCAGUUGGCGAGGAGGUUUGCACGAGAAGAGAUCAUACCUGUUGCUCCUGCUUAUGACAAGAGUGGUGAACAAAUGCCUGUCAUUAUUGCUGGCAGUGAUGCACAGAAGAAGAAAUACCUGGGACGGCUGACUGAGGAGCCUCUCAUGUGUGCGUACUGUGUCACUGAGCCCGGGGCAGGAUCUGACGUGGCUGGCAUCAAAACACGAGCCGUAAAAAUGGGCGAUGAGUAUGUUGUUAAUGGGCAGAAGAUGUGGAUCACCAACGGAGGGAAAGCUAACUGGUACUUCCUGCUUGCUCGCACUAACUCAGAUCCCAAGUGUUCAGCCAGCAAGGCUUUUACUGGCUUCAUUGUGGAUGCAGACACUCCGGGAAUUCAAAUAGGAAGGAAGGAAAUGAACAUGGGCCAGAGGUGUUCUGACACGAGGGGCAUUACCUUUGAGGAUGUGAGAAUACCGAAGGAGAAUGUCCUGAUCGGAGAGGGAUCUGGAUUCAAAAUUGCCAUGGGUGCCUUUGACAUGACCAGGCCACCAGUGGCAGCAGGAGCUACCGGCCUGGCACAGAGGGCACUCGACGAAGCCACCAGUUACGCUCUGGAGAGGAAGACCUUUGGCAAAGUUAUUGCUGAGCACCAAGCUGUGUCCUUCCUCCUGGCUGAGAUGGCGAUGAAAGUAGAGCUGGCUAGGAUGGCGUACCAGCGUGCUGCCUGGGAGGUGGACCAGGGCCGCAGAAACACCUACUACGCUUCCAUCGCCAAGGCCUUCGCAGGGGACAUCGCCAAUCAGGUGGCCUCUGAUGCUGUUCAGAUAUUUGGAGGCAACGGCUUCAAUAGCGAGUACCCUGUAGAGAAGCUCAUGAGGGAUGCAAAGAUCUACCAGAUCUACGAGGGCACAGCUCAGAUCCAAAGGCUCAUUAUUGCCCGAGAACACCUGGGAAGAGCCAAGAAAUGAAGUCUGCUCAUCAUCAUUUAAACUUACUUUUCAUGUUUGGUAUACAUAAUGUAUUUGUUUCUGUUCUAUUUGGCCACUUGAACUCAGGAUAACAAUCAAAAUUUUGCAUUAAUGUCACUUCAUCCUACUGCGGUUUUCAAGAGUGAUCCAGAUCAACAAGACUCAUCAGCCUCCUUUUGCCUCAGAAUUCACGAUGCCAUAAGUUACACCAAUCCAUCAAGUCGCAGAAUAUGACACAGCUAUGUGCUGAUCACAGAACAGUUUCUGUUAAUGAUGAUGGUGGGGGCCUAUUGUGUAGCAUUAAUAGUGUGAUCUACCAAUUGCCUGUUGUGCUGUGAAGCUUCUACUGAUGAACCAGAACUGUUGGGACUAAAGUUAG